CCAGUGUAAAGAACAUUCCAGCCGGAGCAUUCAGACCGCUGCGAUCUCUGGAGAUGCUGGUUCUAGACAACAACCUUCUGUCCACACUGAGCUCGUCAACUCUGGAUGGCCUGGGCAACUUACAGGAACUCUACCUGAGGAACAAUGAGCUGGAGCACCUGCCACCUGAUGUGUUCAGGAACACGGCCAAGCUUUCUCAGCUGGCUCUCAGUGGAAACCGCCUGAAGACAGCGGAUGGGAACACGUUCGCCCAUAUGCAUGGUCUGAAGAAGCUCUACCUCCACGACAACACAUGGCAGUGCGACUGUAACAUCGUCUCCUUGGCGCAGUAUUUGGGACAGACCAAGGCCGCACUGUCGCCUCGGGACGCCCUGAGGUGCACGAGUCCUCCGGAGCUCCGAAACAAGAGCCUCUCCAGCCUUCAAGCUGAUAAACUGCUCUGCCGCGCCUAACGCCAGAAAACCUGUAUGAAGGCCACAGCCCGGGGCAAAGAACGUAUAUUGUAAACGUCAGCAACGUCAGCGCCCAGCAGCAGAGCUACAACUCCGCCAUUUUGGACUGAAAGCGACUAGCGCCAUUAAACUGCUGCCUACAAAAUGCCGUACAAAAGUAAAACAAAAUUAUUUCUAUUCUAUUUUCAUAAUUUUAACGUCUCUAUCAAAAUGGCUUGU